AACGAAUCCCUCGUAGAAUAGAGAAAGAACUGAGCUCCUGAAUUAGAGAAUAGUACGUCCCUAGACAGCGCAGCGUAAAGGAGCCAAUCAUACGCAACAGCGGCCGUGAGUCAAAAUCUGGGAGAACCAAAGGGUCAAAUCCUUUUCUUCCCGCCGCUGUCGGAUCUCUCUUUUUCUCACUCUCCACAUUCCCCUCCUUUCUCACAUAUCUGAUACCAGGAAUACAUCUGCCAUGACGGAUUCUAACCCAGUCAAGGAAGUCGAGGCCGGCGUGGCCAACCUCAUUCUCGACGAGGUCACCGGCGAGAAGGUCUCCAAGACCGAACUGAAGAGACGCCAGAAGGCUCGCGAGAAGGAGGCAAAGAAGAAGGAAAAGGCGGCUGCUGCCCCUGUUGCAAAGGUCGAAAAGAAGGCGUCUGCUGAGGAAGAAGAGGCAAAUCUGACCCCCAAUCAAUACUUCGAGAUCCGGAGCAAGAGAGUCAACAAGCUUCGCGAAACCAAGCAACCUGAUCCUUAUCCUCACAAGUUCCAUGUGACGACCGACCUCCGGCAAUUCCUGAAGGACUACGAGAGUCUCGAGAAGGGCGAACAGAAGCCCGAUGUCGAAGUCCGCAUCGCUGGCCGAAUCUACACCAAGCGGUCUUCGGGUGCGAAGUUGAUCUUCUACGAUGUCCGUGCCGAGGGAGUCAAGGUUCAGGUUAUGUGCCAGGCUCAGCAUGUCAAGAGUGAUGUUCCUUUCGAGGCUCAGCAUGAGCAGCUGCGCAGAGGAGAUAUCAUUGGCAUCGUCGGAUUCCCUGGUCGCAGCAACCCCAAGAACCGAGCAGAUGGUGAGCUCUCCAUCUUUGCGACGGAGGUUGUUCUCCUCGCACCCUGCCUGCAUGCCAUCCCCUCAGAGCACUAUGGUUUCCAAGACAAGGAGCAGCGUUUCCGCCAGCGUUAUCUAGACUUGAUCAUGAACGACAAGUCCCGCAAUGUUUUUGUCACCCGAUCCAAGAUCAUCCGUUAUAUUCGCAACUUCUUUGAUACCCGCGACUUCAUUGAGGUCGAGACGCCUAUGAUGAACGCCAUUGCCGGUGGCGCUACUGCCAAGCCGUUUGUCACCCAUCACAACGAACUCGACAUGAAUCUGUUCAUGCGUAUUGCUCCCGAGUUGUACCUGAAGAUGCUCAUUGUCGGUGGUCUGGAGCGUGUAUACGAGCUUGGCCGCCAAUUCCGAAAUGAGGGUAUUGACCUCACCCACAACCCCGAGUUCACCACUUGCGAAUUCUACUGGGCCUAUGCCGAUGUUUACGAUCUCAUGAAUGUCACCGAGGAACUUAUUUCUGGGCUGGUCAAGCACGUUACGGGAGGAUACGAGACCACCUUCACUACCCAAUCUGGUGAGACCUACAAUGUCAACUGGAAGGCCCCCUGGAGACGGGUGGAGAUGAUCCCGGCUCUCGAGAAGGCCACUGGUGAGAAGUUCCCGCCAGGAGACCAGCUGCACACCCAAGAGACCAACGAGUUCCUCAAGCGCCUAUUGAAGAAGACCGGCGUCGAAUGCUCGCCGCCCAUGACCAACGCCAGAAUGCUCGACAAGCUCGUCGGCGAGUUCAUCGAAGAGACCUGCAUUAACCCCACCUUCAUCACCGGCCACCCUCAGAUGAUGUCCCCAUUGGCCAAGUACCACCGCGCCAUCCCUGGUCUUUGCGAGCGGUUCGAGGCCUUUGUUUGCAAGAAGGAGAUCGUUAACGCCUACACCGAGUUGAACGACCCGUUCGACCAGCGUCUCCGCUUCGAGGAACAGGCCCGGCAGAAGGACCAGGGUGAUGACGAGGCCCAACUGAUCGACGAGAACUUCUGCACCAGUCUGGAGUACGGUCUACCUCCGACUGGAGGCUGGGGUAUGGGUAUUGACCGUUUGGUCAUGUUCCUCACGGAUAACUACAGCAUUAAGGAGGUCCUUGCAUUCCCAUUCAUGAAGGAAGAUAAGACUGCUGCAGAGGGCAAGCCUGCUGCAGAGGUGGUUGGCAUUAAGCCUCAGCCCGAGGAGGGAAUCCCCCACAAAUAAUUAUCUUAGACUUCUGAUCUAGCAUUUGAAACGCGUUGACGACGGCUUCAUGCAUGCUUAAUCCCCGAGAGUCAAUGAUGCGAGUAGAAUGUCAUGACAUCAAUGAAUAAGGAAAUGAACCUAUUCUCGCCGUAGGUAGAAUAAAAUUCUAUUUGGUUUCUUGGGAAAUUGUCUACUUUCCCCUCCAGUAUUUGAAGAUAUGUAUCUUUCCACUCGCAGCUAUUGCUGCAGGUAAACUAUGAUACAUCUGGAUGAGCAAUUGAUCCCGGAUUCUAUCUGCUUGUCCAUUACUUCCCUGAUCCUAGAGCAGACAAAUAAAUGGACCGGUUACAAUGAUGCAUGUGUGCUUCCAAAAGCAUUGUAUUUGAGUUAUUUGAUAUCGACCGUGCAUGUUUCAGUCAAUGAACUGUCUUUCGCACUCUAUUCCAUCUGAAUAUAGUCCUUUCCUUUCUUCUCUUUCCUAUCUUCUCGUUACUGAUAGCCCUACUGGGCUCACAUAUAUAUAUUAUUGGCAUCCUAUGUACCUGCUUUCCAAACCCUGUCCUUGAGAAAUCGUAGUAAUACUGAAU